GAAGGUGGUGGUACAGUUCCCUGGCAGAGAAAUGAAGUGUGAGGACCUGCUUGUUGCUCUCUGACAGGAAGAUAAAGAUGUUGGUGGUGUUUGGGAUCCUCCUGCACGUGUCCCUUCAUAGCCAAGCUGCAGUCCUGGAGGUGUAUGAGGGGGCGGAGUCUGUCCUGCUGCCCUGCUUUUAUGGAGGAAUAAUUCCUGAAGAAGAUCCAUCAGUUGUAUGGACUCGUAAUGAUGGCAACCUCAACGUUUUCCUCCUGCGACAAGGAGGAGAUGACCCCAGAGGACAAAACCAGAUCUACAGAGGAAGGACAUCAAUGAGUCCUGAUGCUCUGGAAACUGGUGACUACAGCCUCACUUUUAGAAACCCUCAACUGUCUGACAGUGGAAACUACAUCUGCAGCAUCAGUGAUGGAAUAAAGGAGUUAAAACUGACCGAGGUUCAGCUGAAUGUCAAAGAUGUUCAAGUGGAGGUGGAGGUGAAUAAAGAAGCAGAGUUUGUCGUCCUGCCCUGCAAAACAUCUGCUAAUUUGCCAAAGGACACCACAGUGGAGUGGACCCGAUCAGAACCAGAAUUUAUGUUUGUUCAUAUGUAUCCAAACACAAGCAAGCGGCACACAGAACAGGAUGACCUUUAUCGUGGCCGUACUAGAAUGAAUGAAGAGCUGCUGAGAACUGGAGACCUCAGCCUGACCCUGAGGUUCCCCUCAGACGGAGACAUUGGACGGUACAUCUGCACCGUCUACAGAGACAAGGACAUCCUGAGACAGAGAGUGGUUCUGCAGCAAGUUUACCCAAAACCUCCGGAUUCAGAAGGUCUACCAACCUGGGCCACAGUUCUCCUGGUACUGGUGGUUCUCCUGAUUCUUAUGGUGUUUACAGGUGUUUUGUAUUAUUUCCGGCACUAUUUCAUGUCAGGUAAGUUUGUAUUUAGAUGCUUUAGUGAAUAUCGUGUGUGA